AUGGCUUUGGCUUCCGCUCCAUCAACCCCAGAUCGAGGGCUCCACCCUUUUCAGAUCCGUCGGGCGUUUACAGCACCCAUCAAAGGGUCCAAAAGACCCUCGCUGCCGGCAGAAGCAGAGGCCCAGGGUGCAGAAACCUUAUUCGAACAUACUGCUGCAAAAAUCGUCUCCUUCAAUACGUCUGGUAGUUCAGGCCGUCAAUUUUCUGCGGCCAGUCACGCAUGGUCGCAAGGCAAUGAAGAACCUCCAGAUUCCCUUCCGUGGGCCAGUCUGACUGAGAGAACGAUUGCCGCAGGCAAUGUCUAUCGCGUUCUCGGCUCCGUUGCAUUCCUCCGCUCUGGGUCCACACUUCACCCAAUCCUCGCCAAAUCCCAAUGUUGGUGCGUUGAUGGCGUUUCGAAAUUUGUUCUACGAAUCAGAGCUUACAGCUACUACCGCAUUGAGCUUCCUUUCUCAAAUGACGAGGAGGGAAAGCAGGUUGAGGAUUUCAAGAUCGUGCUUGACAAGGUGCUGCAAUACGAGAAGACCCCAUGUCCCUUCAAAAGAAGUUUUACGGUUGAUUUGCCCGAAGCUCCCGAGACUCCUGUGAAAAUGAUUCCGUGGACGCCAAAGCGCAGGUUUGAGGCUCGGCAAACCAGUCUUUCUCAGACUCCAGAGCUAGAGACGCAUGGUCACGACGCAAGGCAAACUCCUCCAGAUCUCGCCACAAGGCCACCGUGGAAACCCGAGGAAGGUCCUAUCCAUCACAGUCCUCCUAUCAAGGUUGCGGACUACCCCCUGGAGGGUUCUGAUGCAAGCCGUAGAAAUAGCGAGAUUGAUAAUCUAGAAUCGGAAACAGCUGGCGUAGACGUCCUAGUUCAGCAAAAUCUUUUGGAGCAGAUGCAUAGCAACAUCAAGAAGCCAGUGCGUCCGGCUACUCUUUCGGUUGGACGCGUAGCUACCGCGCCGCCGCAAUUGUUCUUACAGACAAGACCUUGCUCGUCGAUUCACAACGACGUUUCCAGCGCUAAAGCAACAGUUGAAAAGAGUACGUCUGAUUCCUCAUCCAGCGUGGAUUCAUUUUGUUCCUUUCGUAGCCCUGAGUCUCCCUCGACGCCAUCCCCUUCUGCUUAUGAGUCUUCGGAGGGUGGUUUGCAUGUCUCACGAACCCGUGGCCACGAACAGAAUCACCCUGAAACCACAACCUUACCUAGAGAUCGUUGGGAUCUAAAUGAAGCGUCUCCUGAAACGCCAAUCUGUAGUCGCACUACAUCUACCUCAACUAAAGAUGAUACCUUACUACCCGAGUUCACUACUGACUCCCUUACACGCUCACCACCUGGUCUGCGCGUACGACAGCAUUUCCUGAGGCGUCGCACACAAUCUCCGCUUCCGCCUUCGGCAAAUCUUUACGUUCCGUAUUCUCCGAAGGACAGCAUUUCGGGCAACCACCUCACAACUGCGAUUCUACAGCGAACUUGCUCACUUUUGCUUGGACCUCCUGUGCAUCUCGUGGCAUUGAUGUUGAGAAUAGCAAAGCGAAUUACGCAUGGUGCACUUCAAGGCUACGCAUUUGGGCAUGGAGAGCGUGGCGAGAAGAUCCCUUGUUCAUGGGAUUUUUCCAGUGACGCAAGCGAGGGAGGCGAGGACUGCUUCGACGAGGAUGAUUAUGGUACCAGCCUUGACAAAUCAGUCUCUGGUGAUUCAGUCAGAUUGCAGACCGCAGGCGGAAGCUGGGAGAUCGACUGA